ACGUCAAAGUCAGCCGUUGCGCACUUCUGUCACCGAUGUGUCACCGUAUCGUACCACCAAGGUCGUACCGGGUUCCGCCAAUUUAGCCUAUCCAUUCAAUUCAACUCGUUUAUCACACGAUGCAUUAUCACGAAUUCAGUAUAAAUACCUCAGUGAUACUUCGAGAUGAGUCGUAGUUGUCCUUCUCGCCGGUGGCUAACUAGUACCGAGCGUACGCACACAAUAUUUCUACUUUACGGUUUUCAAUUUCAGUGAAAAAUGUCGUUGGUUUGCCUCGCAGCUGGAGACAUAUUCGUACCCGUUACUAUAGAAGAAAAUGAUAUUAUAAAAGGUAUUUUAGAAGUACUUAAAGUUAUAAGACCCCAUUGGCCAGUUAAAGAUAUUGAAUUCAAGACUUUCACAGAUGGUAUAACAAAUAAAUUGGUGGCAUGCCAAAUAAAUAAAAAUCAUAAUAAUGAGGACAACAUUGUUCUUGUGCGUAUAUAUGGGAACAAAACUGAUCUUCUCAUUGACAGGAAUGCAGAAAUUAGAAACAUAAAAACUUUAAAUGUUCUCGGUCUCGCUCCUAAAAUAUAUGGAGUAUUUGUGAAUGGAUUAGCAUAUCAGUAUUACCCAGGUGUAACCCUUAAUCCUGACACUGUAGUAGAUGCAAAGAUAUGGCCUCUGGUUGCCAAACAAAUGGCAAAAAUGCACAAAGUGGAGCUCGGUGAUGAUGUAAAAAGGGAGCCAAUGGCUUGGGAUAAAACUGAACAGUUUUUAAGUUUACUCCCAGACCCUUUUAACAGUGAGAUAAAACAAAAAAGAUUUGUGAGUAGCUUUGGGUCAAUAACAAGAUUAAGGAUAGAGUUUGAGCGCCUAAAAUCUCACCUAACCAAAACAGAGAGCCCCAUAGUGUUUGCUCACAAUGAUUUGCUUCUAGGAAACGUCAUCUACAACCAAGAUGAAGGGACUGUAUCUUUCAUUGAUUAUGAAUAUGCCACUUACAAUUACCAAGCUUUUGACAUAGCAAAUCAUUUCAAUGAAUUUGUUGGAUUAUCAAUUGAUGAUAUUGAUUACAGCAGGUACCCCGAUAAAGGGUUCCAGACUGCUUGGAUUCAGACAUACUUGACUGAAUUUAACUGUGGUGUCGCGCCAUCCGACGAACAAGUUGAACAAGUGUACAGAGAGGCCCAACACCAUUGUUUGGCAUCGCAUUUCCUUUGGGGCAUAUGGUCCCUGGUGCAAUAUGAACAUUCCAGUAUUGAUUUCGACUUUGUGAGGUACGCGGAAAUUCGUCUAAACAGAUAUUACGAAUUGAAAGAUAAAGUGUUCAAGGAAUUAAGUUGAUCAGUUACCCUGAUUCGGAUUGUUAUCAUUUAUUGUUAAUUUGUAAUUUAACAUAAUAAUUUAUAUGUCACUAAGGAAUUUAUUGUUUUGUUAUAACAAAUAAGAAAAUCGUGCAAUCUUUAAAUUAUAAUAAAAAUAGUUUUGAUUACAUAA